UUCGUUUGGUACUUUUGGCUCGUAUCAAGGGGGUUACCCCGAACGUAGUGAUUCAAAAAAAUACCUUGCAUUCAUUUAUUAAUCUAUUUUGUAUCAGAACUCAGUGGCUACGCACGUGAAAUUGCGUUUGAUUGUGUACAUUGUGCGAUUACGCAGUUAUAGUGAUCAAAUCGGUUAUGUGAACUGUGAAUUCCCUGUAUCGAAAAUACUGUGGUUUAUUGAGUUAAAACCUAAACAUGUCUAGCACUAAAGGGGAUGCCCAGAUCGUGAUGAAGUCUCUGCCGAAUAUAAUUUUAAAGAAGAACACCAUCACAGUUUUGAAAUCGAAGACUUUUAAAAGCGUAAAACCAUUGUACAAGGAGGAUAUUAUAUACCAGUCCAGAUUCGGGGAUUUUUUGCACUUAGACCAAGAAAAAGUGACUGUUUUUAAUAGAUUGAACUUAAAUACUAUGAAAAGUAUGACAGUCGCUCGGUAUACUCGCUCGGGGGAGGUCGUGUCAGAGAAAACCUCUGAGCACAUAGCAAGUAUAAUCGGACAAGACAAUUACGAAAUAGUGAUAUCAUCAUUGUGUUCAGUGAUCAGUCAAGAGUUCAAAAUACGUGCGAUUCUCGCGUUGUUGACCGUUCCCAAGAACGCUGCAGGCCAGCGUCAAAGUGAUAGUUCCCAAACUAAAAUAACUAUAGACGUUGAGACACAAACGGUGAAUUCUUGCAUGGACUCGAUAAAAAAUUUAAGCGCUACGAGCCAGUCGUGUCAGAGUGACCUGUCCCGUGUAAAAAUCAUGAUAGACACAGAAACGCAAACGAUGAUGUCCGGUAUUGAUCCGAUAAAAAAAACGCCAAGACGAAUGAAGCGGCAAGCAGCACCGUAUGUAGUCACAGAUAUGGACCCACCCGAUAAAAUUUCCAGAGUUGUAAUACAUCCGGAGAAUUUCCAUAUGCUGCCGAAGGAAGAAAUUGUGUCGGUGAAAUCUGAAAAACUUGACACUAGUUCGGACAGUUCCCAGUUAUUUUUGAAAAGCGAACAUUCUGAACAGUUAUUCAACGAAGACUCGAGAGACAGUAUCGGAAAUUUAUCCGUGGACACUAUACCUGGAUUAAUGGAAGAACCAUUAGCAUUAGUAGAUCGUGUCACUGGACCCGUAGAAAAGUUUUAUUCUCGGUUGACGAUGCUCGAUGGGACGGAGCUUGUGAUUCCGUGCAAGAUCGAGGAUGACUUUCACGUUGCUACACCGGAGAUCCUGAAGCUGGUAUCGUCUCCAGAGGACCGGAGAAAACUGCUUUGGUAUCAAGCGUACAUGGAUUGGAAAUAUUGCUUGACGCCGGAUGAUGAUGAUAAUUUACCGAUCCACUUGGCAGUCCUGAAUGAUGACGUCCACCUCCUGAAAAGGCAGUGCCUGGUCCUGAAGACGAGGAAGGAAUCGGUGGACGUGACCAAUGGAGACAAUAUGACCGCUCUCCAGCUCUCCAUCUUAGCCAAGUCUCCAGCCUGCACAGCUCUACUGGCCCAGCUGAACGCCAACCCGCUGGUGACCGACGAGGAAUACCGAUCCUGCUUCCACCUGGCGGCCGAGGCCGGCGGGGAGUACCUGGAGCCGCUCGUCAGGAGGUGCCGGGAGGACCCGCUAACCAUCCUACGAAACAACGAGGAGCUGUGGAAGCCUGAAGUAGCUGCGAAGACCAAGGACUUCCAGGUCAAGCAUCUUCUCCACAAAGUCUGCACCAUGUUCGACAGCCAAGGCUACACUCCUCUUAUGCUAGCCAGCAAACUGGGCAAGCACGACUCGGUCCAAGCCCUGGUGUCCGCCGCACCAGCGUCUAUAGACUACCGGUCCACCAGCAGCGGAGAAACUGCCUUCUACCUUGCUGUGAGCGCCGCUUGCACUGAUAGCGCCCAACGCGGCAACAAAUCCAAAGUGUUCGACGACUUCAAACAGACCAUAAUCCACUUAGUCGAGGCCGGAGCUGAUCCGAACAUAGACAAUUACUCCGGAAACGACAUCAGCACUCUUCUAGCGGACUUCAGCAAUAGUGAUUUGUCUAUGAUCAUUGCUAGCAAACGCACUGCCAUAAACUGCAAGGAAUUCGAUGAUAAACUAAAAGAACCAGCCAUGCUAGUGAAAGAGAGAGACGGCACGAUAAUGAAUUUAAAAGAGAAAUUGAAGAAGACGAAAGAAAUCAACAGAAUCAAAGGGGAACUGAAGAAAGAAAGCAAAGGUAAGGGUAGAAGAGCUAAGCCUGUUAUUAUUGAAAACAAAGUUAUUUCUAAACCUAAAGCGUCUAACGAAUAUAUAAAUACGUAUAAAAAUUUCGUUCAUGAUUUGAAAAAUCCGAUGUUAGUGCCGAAGAAGGAUCAGAGAAAACUAAUCAAAUAUGAUUAUUCGAAUUCUAAACCUAGUACUUCUAAAACUUCUCCGUUAACAACAGCUAAAUCGAUUGUUAUUAGUCCAUCUAAAAGUAAAGAACCUAACUUGAGUUUAAAGGUCGAAAAAGAAGCGGCAAAAGACCCACUAAAUAUUGACACAAAUAUAAAAAAAGAAGUAGACGCGAUUAAAAGCGAAGAAAAUCAGAAUAAUUCUACUGCUAGAGCGGAUAAAAGAAAAAUAAUUAUACAAUCUGAUAUACCAAUUGGACCCAUAACUAAAGUUGUUAAAAGUUCUGCUACGUUAAAUAGAUAAUAUUUUGUUUUAGAAGCUCAGACUCUAUGCUUCAACUAGACCAACGCACAGGUCGCGCGACUCAUGACUAGUGUUGAAAAUUACUAAAGCGGCUGAAUUUGACUGACCGUCAUUUACGGUCAAAUUGGUCAAAAACAAGUCAUAAACUGUGAAAAACGGUCAAUUUCGGUCAAUUUGAUUUCAGUAAUAGUUUAGUACUUUUUGAAGUUUUUAUUAGAUUUUGUGAUGAUAAAAGUCUACAACAUCCUAAUCGAAAUAAAAAAAGUGGUUUGUAAUGAUUUAUUAUAGUUAAACAUUUUUACAGUGAGUCUACAACUUCUAAAUUGAAACAUUGUCUUUUGUAAUGAUUUAUUGUGCUCUCAUGUGUCCCGCUCACGUCCAUUAUAGUCGAAUGACAAUGUCGCAUCGCCGCGCACGUCAACCUUGAUGACGUCUUAUUCUCUCUUAUUUCAAUACAAAAUAACGCUCCUUCAUUUAAAAUUGCAUAUAAAUUGGGUACCUAAAUAAAUAAAUUAUUCGGUGGUAGUACAGUAAUAUUGAGUCAAAUUGACUGAAUUUGACCGUUUUUGACCGGUCAUUUAUGGUAUUUGACCAUCGUAACCGGUCAGAUUCGGUCAAUUUACAUCUCUACUCAUGACAGUCCGUGCGACCUGUCAUUGGCCUAUGAUGUGGUUGAAGCUUAAUUUCGAUAUUUUCAAUAGCUGGAUCUGUUUAUAUAAUAUAGACCUUGCCACCAUUGCAUUCUUCAAUGUCAAAACUCUGUCAAACUUCAAAUAGAAAAAACACCGGUUAAGGUUAAAGUAAGGCUUUGCAAUUCAGCCUUAGGCCGUUUGUAGACAUCCGUUUUUUCACCGGACGCCGGACCGUCAAAAAACGAAUAUCCUUUGCUGUCAAUUUUCUCGCCGGACAUUUGUCUGAUGAAUGUGCACACGUUCAUUAUAAACCAUACACCACCGCAAAAUCAGGCGAAAAAAAUCGAGCCGCAGUCCGGUCAAAAAAGCGGAUGUUUACAAGCGGCUUUAGUCUGUGAAGUCUAAAUGUAAACAUGUGACGUCUAUUUAAAUUGUGAACGAGUUUUCAAAUGAACGGUUUGAUCAAAAUGCAUGAUACUUAAAAUAUCAGUGGGAUAGUAAAAAAUACUUAAAAUAUACAUAGGUAACUACGCUUAGGGACUUUACCACCCAGACCCUAGCAUAGUUCGUUUAAAAUAAGUAGGCAACUAAAAGAAUAUAACUAUCUACAAUACGUAGGUACUUACAAAGAAAAAAAAGUCAAAUGUUUUCAAUGUCAUGUAUACGACUGUGUUCCCAUAGGCGAAUAUACAUAGGACUAUCGAUAGUAUCGACUAUUCGAUCGAAAUCCUUAAAAUCGAUUUAUUCCUGUAGGCAAGUGGCACCUUUUGAUCGAUUCGAAAAUCGAAUCCGUUCACGGAGCUAUGAUAAAAACAUCUUAGGCCCAGAACACACGGUGAAACGCAAUUGCAACUAAACUGCAACUGCUAGUUACUUUUGAGUUGCAUCUAAGUUUCUGCCAUUACGUCCGUUGAGAGACCACACAUGACGCGACCAGUUUGAAACUUUCAGUUUCAUUCAUCAGAAUCAUCAGAAAGUUGCAGUAGCGUUUAUCAUCUGUUCUGGCCCUUAGUGUAACUCCAUACAAAAAUGCUGGAGCUAAGUAAGGUCUUUCGCAUUACAACUGUCACGUUUUGCCACUUGUCUAGGGGGUUUGAAAGCAAUAAUUAUUAGCCACGUAGUUCGGCUUAUGGGGCCAUGGCUUUAAAAUAUUCAAUCACUGCCAAUAUUAAUGAAUAAUUUGCCACAAUUACGGGUACUAAAUCGACUAAAACGAUCUGUGAACUAAUUUUAGAGAGUAGAAAAAGAAUAGUAGUUUUUAAUAGAAAAUAACUUAUAUUUGUAUAAAUAACAAUGCACCAUGGUUUUCCUGGUAUCAAUCUUCUCAAAUGAAAUUACUUUUACUAUACUAAAAUUAUAUUGAACAAUAAAGGAGUUUAUAUAAAUUAUAUAAAAAAAAUGUUUUAUAUAAAAUCUUUUAUUACGACAAAUAAAGUACACUAAUUUCGAAAUUUUGUUAUUUUAUAUACAAAAAACUACUAUAAAAUCCUAAUUUACGAGAUUAACUGAGAAAUAUAUAAAAUUAAAUUGAAGUCCUUCUUUAAACAAAAAAAUGUAAAGUAAUUGCAUUUGGGCACUAGGUAACCUUGUAUAAUUAGACUUAGAAGUAAUAAUAAGCUAAAAUAAGUUUAUUUUACAUAAUAUUUCUGCUGUCAUUAAUAUAGGGCGAUAGCAAAAGACACAAUUCGCUUUGAAAAAACAUAAUUUGUGUGUAUAUUUUUUUAUUUUUCAUUUAUAAUUUACUUGUAUAACUAUUAAUAGUAAAGUCUAAAAUAUAUUUAUCUAAUGGAGAGAUUGGCAAUUGAUGUAGUUUCUUCAUUAGGGCAUUAAAGUUAUUUGUUAUUAAGUUAUUUGUGUCAAAAAAUAUUUAAUUCACACCUAAUAAAUUCAUAGUUUAGCGAACAUUAUGAAAAUUAAUAUUAUGUUAGUUAUUUAUACUUUUUUUUUAGUUUCUUGUAUGUAGAACAUAAUUUUCAUAAAUAAUUGUAAGUUUAUGUAUAGUUAUUAUACAAUGUAUAUUUCAUACUUUUACGAUAACAUCGAAAACCUAACAACAAAAUUUAUGAUUUGACAACUGAUGGAAUUUCAUAUUGUAAUAUUAUUUAGAAAAAAACCUUUUUGUUUCUUUUUUUUGUUCAAAAUAUGUAUAAUUCACAUAUUUCAUUUUCUACUCCCGAACUGGCCAGGUUUUUAUUUUUUGUGUUAUUAUAUGAAAUGGUGUGGGUAGUAUAAUAUAAUAAUGUUUAUUGUUUUUACAUAAUAAUAUGUAUUAAAAAAUAAGUUUACUAAUUAAGAAAAAGUUAAUUUCUUUGUCAAAUUGAUCGCAAAACUUGUAUCGAUACAAAAUUUUAGUUUUACCGUUUUUUUAAUGGUUCAGUAUGGUUCUAUUGUCAAGAACUUUGCGUAUUCCCUAAUUAACUGUGUAUUUUCAUGUGCAGUAAAAUUCCUAUAUUUUUGUAUCAUACGACCGCCUAAAUA